AUGCAUGCCAACUGCGAGGAUGUCCGUCGAAAAGCUUGGCAUCAUGUCUCCGCAAGCCGUAGACGGUUGUUGCCUAGGCAACAAGUCUUGCUUGUCUCCUGCAAGCACGAGGAAACCGCUGCUACUGCCAGGCGAGAUCAAAGCAGUCUCAGAGACCUUGUUGCGCAGGAAACCAGUCGGUGGCACAGACGACCGAGAUUGAAGCGUGUCGAGAUGGAAAAGUCUCUGACGGGACUCGAACUCAUCUGCCUUCAUGUCGUUUAG